AGCUACUCGGUCUUCAGCUGCCGCGAUGCGGCACGCUGCCCAGGCGGCUACCCAGGACGCUGCAGCGCCGGCCGCACGGGUCGCGCCUGCGCGGAUUGCUUGAAGGGCCAUGCCUCAGACGUUGAUGGCACCUGCCGGCCCUGCGACGCUCUGUCUCUGUGGCCUUUCCUCCUGCUGCCCAUGGUAAUUCUCGGCCUGCUACCACUGCUUGUGGCUGCCAGCAUCAUGGUCAGCCGGGCAAAGCGUGUGGCGGUCAGUAUCUUCAUCGUCUGCGUCAUCUUCGGGCAGCUGGUGGUUUGUCUUCAGUCCUUGGAGGCGAUCUAUCAGUUCGAGAUCUCAUGGAUCGACCCAGCCAAGGCAGUCCUGUCCUCAUUAGCCAUCUUCAGCCUAGACAUUGAGUUCUCAUGCAUCCUAGACCCGCAGAGCCAUCUGGUGGAGUAUGGCGCCCAGCUGCUGGCUUACCCAGUAGUGCUUUUGCUGACGUUCCUCUUCUGGCUGGGAGCUCGCUGGGCUCAGCGCCCCAUUAGCUUCAACUCUUUCAUCAAUCUGCAUGGUGUCCUGGUGGUGGCACUGCUUACGGCCAUGUCCCUGACUGUGAUGCGGCCUUUCCAGUGCCGGCUGAACCCCAAUGGCCUGGCCACGAUGGCAACGCGCACGGACAUGAUCUGCUGGAGCGAUGAGCAUGCGCCGCUUGUGGUCCUGGGCAGUUUGGGCAUCUUGGCUUACCCUGUCACGAUCCUUGGUGCCAUCGCGUUUCUCACCUGGAAGUAUCCCAGUUGGUUGCGGUCUGGGGGUGGCCUUGAAGUGCUGGAGAAAUACAAAUUCCUGUUUGGCCGCUUCCGGCCUGAGCGCUACUACUAUGCCUUGCUGCUCUCCACGCACAAUCUCGUGGUGGCCAUGAUCCCAGCAGCGCUGGUGGCCGUGCCCGCCCUGCAGGUAGGCCUUAUGGGCAUCGUGAUCUGCGUGAAGCUCACUGCGCAGAGUUUGCUUUGGCCUUGGCGCAUCGAUGUGGCCAACUACAACGACCUGGUGCUUUCCACAGCCCUUCUGAUCCUGCUUCUCUUGGCCUCUCCUCUGCUGCGCCUGGACCAGACGGACAGCACCUUCCUGGUUGCGGUGCUGCUCACCUGCGUACUCUGCAUACUGCCCAUUUGCGCGCUUGCCGCGGCGUGCUUCACUGCGACAAUGAGGCUGAGGCCGCAGAGCAAAUACGAUGCCUUCCUCUGCCACCAUAAGGCUGGUGCUGGUGCCCUUUGCCGAUUCUUCAAGCUGAUCGUUCACAAGUACGGCCGUAUGAAUCGCAUGAACAUCUUUCUGGACUCUGAUGAGCUGGAUGACCUCGGCCGCAUCUUCGAAAUCGUUAGCUCUGAUACGCGCUGCCUGGUGGCGGUGCUCACGCCAGAGCUGCUGCAGCGCACCCCAGCCUGGACCAUGCAUCCUCCUUUAGCCCUGAAAAGCGCUUUCUAG